AUUGCAUUUUGCAUUGAACCGAAUUCUUCUUGGUCUUUGCUGCUGAAUUCCCGCCUCCUCGAUUGUCGUCCGAGAAUUCUAAGAAACCAAAACAAAAAACCAAGUACAAAUGAGCGAGGCCAGCAGCACCCAUUUGCAGAUCAACGCGCUCGCUGCCGGCGGGAUUGAAGCAGUGCACGAGCUGCUGCGAAUGGUCCGCCAGCUGUCGGUCGCGAUGCAGUCGUACCAGGUCGAGCGGGCAUCAGCCUCGUCGUCGUCGUCUGCAUCAUCGUCAUCGAACGGCGCGAAUGCGAGCAGUCUGAUGAGCGGGCCUGCGUCGUCCGAGGCAGCCGCGCCAAUGGAUGUCGCCCAAGAUUUGGCGCCAAGACCAAACGCAGUGAUCACCUCGACACUCGCAGAAGCCCAGACGCAUAUUGCGACAAUUCGACGAGCUGUCGCGCACAUUGCCGAACUGGCACCUGAAGAUGCAUUUUCAAUCGGCGCAGUCAAGCCAAUACCACCAAGAGGAGCUGCAUUGCCUGUCGACAUGACCUCGGAAGCAGCGCUGGCACUGAAGAGCCAAAACGGCUCGCUGAGACAAGAAAUGGCGCAGAUCAAUCGGGCCCUCGUCGCGUCGAUUGCGUACCUGCGUGAGAGUCUGUACCAAGUCAACUCGCUGCUGGUAGCACAGUAUCCUGCGCAGCAACAGGAAGACGUAUUAUCGCUGGAUGAGUUGAUGAAGGCGCUCACACUGCCUCCACCCGAAGCGCCGGCCAAGCCACAGACCGUCUCGCCUCUUGCAUCCCAGCAGGACAAAUUUGAGACAGUUGCUAACGAUGCAAACGGCAAUGAGGAUGAAAAUGGGUUUAUUCUGGCCGAAUGACCCCCAACGUUUUCGUGUAUUUUUGUUGUUGAUCUGAUUAUAUAUUGAUAGCUUC